CGGCGUGUGAACGGAAUGUGUGAACGUGAAGUCGCUAUCAUAACACUUGUCUGAUUCCCGGAUUACGUUCAAUCAUGGAGGCAUAAACAAAAAGUUGCGUCUAUCUUUCCUGUGCGAGUGGCACAGACUCUGUGUGGUAGCGAUGACACCAAUAUGCAAAUUAUACUGUAAUGGUAUGCCCCCCGGAUCUGACUACCUGACCUGACCUAAAAAGACAAGAGUCAAUUAAGUGUCGACUGACCAGUUGAUAAAACAGCUCCAAUGGAAAUUGCCAACAAGAUUGCCAUGGUGACAGGUGGAGCGGACGGAAUUGGACGCGCUAUCACAGUAAAGUUACUAGAGAAGGGAGCACAGGGUGUUGCCGUGGUUGAUAUCAAUAAAGAGAAGGGGAGCCAGACAGUAGAGGAACUUAAUGCAGAGUAUGGGGAUGGAAAAACUGUGUUCAUCCAGUGUGACGUCAGCAAUACGUCACAACUAGAAGCCGCCUAUGCUAAGGUAAAGGAAGACUACAAGAGACUUGAUAUUGUAUGCAAUAAUGCUGGCAUUGGUGACGAGUUCAAUAUGGAACUUAUGGUUGCCAUCAACCUGACCGCAGUUAUCAGAAGUACCUACCUUGCCGUGCAGUAUAUGGGAACAAAGAAUGGAGGAAAUGGCGGUGUGGUCAUCAACACUGCUUCGAGGGCAGGUAUCGUUCCGUGGUUUCCAUGCAGUAUUUAUACUGCAACUAAGCAUGGUGUAGUUGGUUUCACAAGAAGUGUAGCAGAGGAACCUAUGAUUAAAGAAAACAAAGUACGUGUGGCUGCACUUUGCCCUGGUGAUGUGGAUACACCUCUUAUAGCAAGUGGAAUAAAGUGCCGCUAUCCCAGAGAAUUGAAGUUAUCUUUGGAAAGGUUUCCGCCAAUGACACCUUCCCAUGUUGCUGAUAAUGUGAUGCUAAUUAUAGAAGACGUGAAAUAUGACGGAGAUGCUUGUCUCGUGUAUCCAGGAAAACCGUUAACAGUUAUCGACCCACCAAACUUAGAAGAGAUACUGAAGUAA